GUCUUUGAACACUGUCAACUAGAGACCACACACCAGAAGGGAUCAUAACCCAUUCGUGUGUACUGAGACUUGUGUACCCAUCAAGUCUUGUGUACUCAUCAAGUGUGUACUGAGGAGAUGCAAAGCAACACAGGGACGUUGGAGGCAGAGACAGCCCAAGACUACACAAUAAACCUUCCUGAGAGUGAGAGUAUAAACCAGCUGCGCCACCUGGGUGCCUGGGUUUUACCCUCCCAGCAGCAGAAGAAUCUGCUGCUUUUCCUGAAGGGACAGCCACAGGUCCUAGGGGUGAGUGGGCGCAAGAUCAGUGCAUAGGCUGUGGGGAGAAGAAUGACUCCCCAGAUGGCACUGGGACUUCCUCAUGACACUCCAGUUCUCUAGAUCAUUGAUUGUGGUGGACUGAGUGGAGCCUUCCUGAGCUGCACAAACCUUAUAGAUUCUAGAAGUGGAAAGAAGUGUAAAGCGGUCCAUCACUGGAAUUUAAAAAAAAAAAAAAAACAAGUCUCUAUUUAGGUAGCAAUUACAUGAAAAAAUAGUUUUAACCUACUGCCAAUGUCCUGCACCAGACAAGGAAAAAGACUUGAUGGGUUCCCUGUUAUCUUCCUGGGAGAUCGUCUCAAGCCUGGGGGUCUCAGAGGUGGGAGAGAAGUUAGUGUGCACUGAUCUGAGAGAGAAUCUUCCUCCUGAGAAGCGGCCCCCUCGAGGAUGUCUUUUACCCUCCAGGUGGCUCAGAUCCUCAUUGGACUGAUAAUGCUGUGCCUGGGUGUGACAAUCAGUCUUUUUCCUCCAUUUGACUCCAGACUUCACUACGUGGCCACUGCAACAGGCUAUCACAUAUGGGGGUCCUUCUCUUUCCUCACAUCUGGAGCACUGUCCAUUGCUGCGGGAAGAAAAGUGACCAGGUGUCUGAUCCAAUGCAGCCUGGGAUUGAAUACCGUCAGUGCUAUUGUAGCAGUGCUUGGCACAAUUAUGACAAUUUUAAAAGAAAUAUUAAUAUAUAGAGAUGUGAUAUGGGGGUUUUCCUAUGGAAGUUUAUUUAUAGGAAUGCUGACUGGCAUGGUGUUCCUCUCUCUGGCAGAAGGCUGCAUCGCUUUGUCUCUCUCUAUCUAUGCAUGCAAAGUGGCCUGUUCUGUCAACAAGGUGGUGGUUUUCUUACCGAAUAAUGACAACAACUCCUCAGUAGUCUCUCCUGAACAUGUGUAUGAUGAGGUCACAUUUUAGUACAUCACGGUGGUUUGGCAUUUCCAAUCAGUUUGACCUAUUAAUUCUCCCUUGUUUGGCUGUUUACCACAUACAACCAAGACUGUGAGAAUACACCUGCCUGACUGUCCUUAAGUUUAUAUACCUAGGAUCCACCUGUGGGUGGAAAAACAGUAUAAUAAAGGAGAAGGGAGUUGGGGGAAAUUGGAAGAGGAGGUGAACCAUGAGAGACCAUGGACUCUGAAAAACAAUCUGAGGCGUUUGAAGUGGUGGGGGCGUGGGAGGUCGGGGUACCAGGUGGUGGGUAUUAGAGAGGGCACGGAUUGUAUGGAGCACUGGAUGUGGUGCAAAAAUAAUGAAUACUGUUAUGCUGAAAAUAAAUUAAAGAAUAUAUAUGUUAAUUAGUUGAAUUCAAAAUAAAAUUUUA